AUGUUGUCUACUCUCAGAGUCGCUAGCCGUCAGGCUGCUUCGCGCGAGGCGAGCCUGCGCACCGUGGUCGUUGGUGCCAGACAUGCCUCUGCCUGGUCCAAUGUUCCUCAGGGCCCUCCGGAUGCCAUUCUUGGUAUCACCGAGGCUUUCAAGGCCGAUACCUUCAAGGAGAAGAUCAACCUCGGUGUUGGCGCUUACCGUGACGACAAGGGCAAGCCUUAUGUUCUGCCCUCGGUCCGUGCUGCCGAGGAUAAGAUUGUCGCCUCCCGUCUCGAUAAGGAAUACGCUGGUAUCACCGGUAUUCCUGCUUUCACCAAGGCUGCCGCCGAGCUUGCCUACGGCAGCGACUCGCCCGUGAUCAAGGAGGACCGUCUCGUCAUCACCCAGACCAUCUCCGGUACCGGUGCCCUGAGAAUCGGUGGUGCUUUCCUGAAGCGCUUCUAUCCCCACGCAAAGAAGAUCUACCUCCCCACCCCCAGCUGGGCCAACCAUGCCGCCGUCUUCAAGGACUCCGGAAUGGAGGUCGCCACCUACCGUUACUACAACAAGGACACCAUUGGCCUCGACUUUGACGGCUUGAUUGCCGAUAUCAAGACUGCUCCCGAGAACAGCAUCAUCCUGCUGCACGCUUGUGCUCACAACCCUACCGGUGUUGAUCCUACUCAGGACCAGUGGCGCCAGAUCAGCGAUGUGAUGAAGGAGAAGGGUCACUUCGCUUUCUUCGACAUGGCCUACCAGGGUUUCGCCAGCGGUAACGCUGAUCGCGAUGCCUUUGCUCCCAGACACUUCGUCAAGGAGGGCCACAACAUUGCUCUGUGCCAGAGCUUCGCCAAGAACAUGGGUCUUUAUGGUGAGCGUGUUGGUGCUUUCUCCCUUGUCUGUGAGAACGCCGAGGAGAAGAAGCGUGUCGACUCGCAGGUCAAGAUUCUGAUCCGUCCCUUCUACUCGAACCCCCCCAUCCACGGUGCCCGCAUUGCCUCCACCAUCAUGAACGACACCGAGCUCAACCAGCAGUGGCUGGGUGAGGUCAAGGGUAUGGCCGACCGUAUCAUUGAGAUGCGUGCUCUCCUUAAGAAGAACCUGGAGGACCUUGGCAGCAAGCACGACUGGUCUCAUAUCACCAGCCAGAUCGGCAUGUUCGCCUACACCGGCCUGAAGCCCGAGCAGAUGGACGCUCUCGCCAAGGAGCACUCCGUCUACGCCACCAAGGACGGCCGUAUCUCCGUGGCUGGUAUCACCUCUGGCAACGUCAAGAGACUUGCCGAGGCUAUCUACAAGGUUACUGGCUAA